CAGAAACUACCAAAUUACCCUUGGCCUGCUCCCUCAGUCUCCUGCUCCGUCGGAACGGACAGCCGCGGCCAUUCCCCAGCCCACCUCUUGCUGCACCCUCGCGCUGCUAGGGUUUGCUCGCAAUCCAGCCGCCUCCGCCAUGGCCAAGACGAAGCAAGGGAAGCGGGACGUCGACGCCUACACCAUCAAGGGCACCAACAAGGUGGUCCGAGUCGGGGACUGCGUGCUGAUGCGGCCGGCGGACACGGACAAGCCGCCGUACGUGGCGCGGGUGGAGCGGAUGGAGUCGGACGGGCGCGGCGGCGUCCGGGUGCGGGUGCGCUGGUACUACCGCCCCGAGGAGGCCAAGGGCGGCCGCCGCCCAUUCCACGGCGCCAAGGAGCUCUUCCUCUCCGACCACUUCGACACGCAGAGCGCGCACACCAUUGAGGGCAAGUGCAUCGUUCACUCCUUCAAGAGCUACACCAAGCUCGACAACGUCGGCCCGGAGGACUUCUACUGCCGAUUUGACUACAAGGCCAGCACCGGCGCAUUCACCCCCGACCGUGUCGCCGUGUAUUGCAAGUGUGAGAUGCCUUACAACCCGGAUGACCUCAUGGUGCAGUGCGAAGGAUGCAAGGACUGGUUCCAUCCGUCUUGUAUGGGAAUGACCAUUGAGCAAGCCAAAAAGAUAGAUCAUUACAUGUGCUCGGAUUGUGCUAAAGAAAAUGGUGCAAAGAGACCCUCAAAUUCAUAUCCAGUUUCACCCAACUCUGAUUCUAAGGGGAGAAAUCCUGGUGUGUAUGAUAACUGGAUGGAUUGCCAUGCACAAGUGAAUGGUUUUGCAAGCGACCUAUACCAGGGAUACAAAACUUGGGAGGAAGCAAACCGAACUUGGUUGCCGUACAAACGUUACCAAGAUCAGGCCGCAGAGAUCAAAGCAGCUAUAGCAGAAACCUGCAAAGCUCCAGAAAAGCCUCCCACUGUUAAUUGCAGCAAAGAUCUCAUCAUCAUAUUGCUGGUGGUAGUGGUUGCAGUCCAGAUGUGGCUUCUGUUUGCUAAGUAGUUCAAAUGAUGCAAAGGACCAUAUUCAUCAAUUAGGAGUGGUAGAAUGUGAACUGAAUUGUGGUAAUGUCGUAUGUGUCAUUAGCAUUGGCUUGUGGCAAUGUCAUUUGUAUCGUUCAACUAAGAAGGCAAUCCAUAUUUAAAUAGAAUUGAGAGCUGGCGGUAAGGUCAUCACUACAGGUGGUGGUGAGGCCAAAGGAAUCCUAAACCAGGUAACCAAACACGCAGAACCCAGGUGGUGGUGAGCUAGCAUUGUGCAAUCCGGCAGUAGAGCAGGCAACCAAACAAAAUACAAGUGCAGCCAGCCUAGACCAAUGCAGCCAACCAAAUAGGUCCCAUUUGCAUUGCAGUAGACAGGCCAGGUUAGCCUAGGCUUGAUGCGGGUACCCAGGCUAGGUUUGCCAAGGCAUACAAACACAUAUUUCAUGGUGUCAUAAAUGUUGCUCUCUUCUAUAAUUUGGUCAAAUUGAAGAAAAUUUGACUUAGAGCAACUCUAGAAGUUGAUUUAUUUUGGGGACGAAUAUUACCUUUUUAGCUAAUUGGAUUUUUAUGUUCGCAAGAUUUUUUAUGCUUUCUCAUCUAUGAUUGGCAAAGCAAGUCUUAAACCUUGAUUUCCAAUCU